AUGCCGUUAAAACAAAAAUACUAUGUCCAUUCAGCUCAUAUCUACAAUCGUACAUCUCAUCCGAUCAAUCUGAAAAUUUUCUACUGCGGUGAAAAUCAACAUCAUGAACAUGAAAUUAUACGUAUGAAUCAAUUGGAGCCAAACGGUGGUCAUUACUUUGCUGAAACACGUGCCUAUCUCGAUGCACAUCUCAUCAUUGAUAAGAAUAUCUAUAAAAUUCAGGCUGAGACUAUAGAUGGAAAAACUCUGGAAUUGAAAUGGCCAUAUCAAGGUUUAGUAGAAAUACAUGAGAAGGAAUGGCAAUUUGAUAUUGAAGAAGAUGGCAUUAAAUCGAUAAAUCCAAGGAUUUAG